AUCCAUUCGGAAGAAACUUUUGUUUGUGUUCUCAUGUAGACAGAAAUUACAACUUAACUUGUUAUGAACCAUGGAUAACAUGUAAUGGGAUGAUAUCAUAUCAUUAAGAUGAGCAAUUCUGAUAUGACGUGUACAUUAUGUUCAAAGAGAGACAUAUCUAAUGCUGCAAUCGUUUUGUGUGCCGUUUGUGAGGAAAGAUUUUGCCUGUCGUGUAAUGAAGUACACAAAUACUUAAAGACCAGCAGCAGCCACGAAGUCACAGCAUUAGAUGUGUAUACACAUUUACCAACAUUUAUUUCGUCUUUGAAGCAGACAUGUGACAGUCAUGAGGAACAUUUCAAGUUGUAUUGUCCUACUCACAGGGAGCCAUGUUGUUACAAGUGUACAACAACAAAGCACAAGACAUGUCAUGGAUUCCAAACGCUUGACAGUUUAAUUGAACACUCCGCAACACAGUUUCUAGAUUUAGAAUGUACGAUUGAUGAAUUAAGCAUUAACAUUGAAAAAGUCUUCAACAAUCGAAAAGGAGCAUUGAAAACUUUAGAUGAUAAAAUUUUGAAUAUAGCAACGAACAUUAAGACGACAGCAGAGAAAAUAAGAGAAAAACUUGACAGCAACGAAAAGAGUAUCCUCCAUCAACUGUCGGUUGUUCAUUCAAGGUACAAGGCCAAUUUUGAAAAUAUGGUUGGUGAACUGCAGGCAAAAAAGGUGGAAAUAAAAUUGAUACAGAAAAAUAUUGAAGAAAUGAGAGAAUUCGCUUCAGACUAUCUAAUUUUUCUUGGUUCUCAUAAAAUCAAUUCAAAACUUGAAAAAGAAAGGAACAGUUUAUGCAGAUAUUUUGAAAAUGAUCACAAAUUACGACAGAAAAAUGUAUCUUUAAAAUUUACGCCAGGGCAAGUAUUAAAUCAGGACAGAUUUCUAGGAACGUUAGAAGUUGAGGAGGUCGAUUGUGAAAUUCCCUUUGCCAAAAAUGCGAGUUUGGAGACAGAGCUUCCGCUGGAUGUAUUUCAUGACAUUGAUUCCAUUCAAAUUCGAACAAAUUCGCAAUCUAAGAUAAAAGAAGGUUCUGCGACUAGAAAUCUAGCAGGUUGCACAUUCCUAGAAAAUGACCAAAUGUUGUUAACUGACUGGAGUGAGAACAAGGAGCUCUUAGUUUUUGAUGAACAUGGGAACAUCUUGAGAAAUAUCGUUCUGGAUAAAAGAGCAUUUGAUGUAGUUUACAUUGGUAAUGGCUGUAUUGCGAUGACAUUUCCAGACACGAAACAAGUUGCUGUUUUGAAUAUGAAAUCGAAACAGGAGAAAAUUCACGUUACGUUCGAAAAUCGAGUCUGGGGUAUCACAUAUUCCGAGAAUAAAUUAUUUGUUCGAGAAUAUUCCGUAGGGAUUCAUUGUCUAGAUCUAACCGGUACCAUUCACAAAACAAUACCGGUACAUGGUUAUAUCACUCAUAUAACUAGUCUAGGUAGAAAACUGUAUUACACGGAACACACUCCUGAUGUUGUACAUUGUUGUGAUUUUAACGGAACAGAAUUGUGGCAUUUGCCACUGGUUGGUCAUGGAGCACCAAAAGGAAUCGCAGUUGGAAAAUAUGGUUUUCUAUUCGUUGUUUUAGAAAAUGAAAGAAAACUUUUAGUUGUUUCACCAGACGGAACACAUCAUAGGGAACUAUUGAAUGAAGAAAACGGCCUACACGAACCACAUGCAAUCAACUAUGACAUGAAAAGAAACAAGUUACUCUUAGUAAAAGACAAAACUAGGAUGGCAGAGAUAUAUGAUGUCUUGUAUUGAUUUCAACAAAUUUUCAUUCUAAGGGGUCUUUCCUGAUAAUAUAUUGAAAUGUCAAUAACGAUAAGGACGAAAAAGGAUCAAAUUAAUAAAUUCAUGACUUGAUAUACGUACACUAAACCAGAGCAGACUGUCUUAUGAUUUAGUAAUCAUUGUUGAUUAUUAUUGUUUAAAAUUGAUUAUAAUGAUAAACUCAUCAUAGAUACCAA